AUGGGAGGCGAAGCAGUGUGGACAGACGUCACUUCGUAUGCCACAUUCGCCCCCAGCACGGAUAGUAAAUACCGUCGUACAACGCCACCGCGUUCACCACAGCCGUCGACUUCCUACGCAGCGGCGGCCAUGCUAGCCUCGUCUCCCAAGACGCAGGCAGCACCCAAACCAAAAUCGCCAACACCACCGCCAUCUAAGGCACAAGAACAGGAGGGCACCCGGCGAGAAAGAGAAAGGAGACAAUCCGUCCCGCUCCAACAUCAACGCCCCACCGCCAGGAGACCCACCCGCGAGGGAGCGAGCGCGCCAAUCGCGUCGUCCCACCGUGAUACAGCGACGCGCUAUAUAAGCGCAGAACGACCGCCCGUCGCGCCUCAUAGGCGCGCGCCUGCGGAGCCAACCGGACCGCCGCCUACGACGCUACAGCCACCGGCGAACGCGCCUAUACCUCGAAUUAAAAAGAAGACACGUAAGCCCAAACGCCGACGUCGGAACGUCGAGCAGUCUACUGCCGAAUCUGCCAUAGAUAGUGAUAGGGACUCGCGUUUUAGAUCUAGGAACAGUGAGGUGCAGUUU